GCAGCGCCCCGCCCUCUCGCGUCCACUUCCGCUCGGGGCAGGGCCGCUUCCGGUGCCUCGAGCACGCGGCGGCGGACCAUGGCAGCUCCGCGGCCGUUGCGCGUGCUGUGUCUGGCGGGCUUCCGGCAGAGCGAGCGGGGCUUCCGAGAGAAGACUGGAGCUCUGAGGAAGGCGCUGCGGGGCCGCGCCGAGCUUGUGUGCCUCAGCGGCCCGCACCCGGUCUGUGAGGGCGCGGGGCCGGACCCCGGUGCCCGCGCCCCGGAGGAGCAGCCCCGCGGCUGGUGGUUUUCCGACGCGGCCGCCGACGACUUCUCGGCGCUGGAGGAGCCCGCGGCGUGCCGGGGGCUGCCCGAGGCCCUGGGCGCGGUGGCCGCGGCGCUGAGCAGCCAGGGGCCCUUCGACGGCCUCCUGGGCUUCAGCCAGGGCGCCGCGCUGGCCGCGCUCGUGUGCGCGCUGGCCCAGGCCGGGGACCCCCGCUUCGCGCUGCCGCGCUUCGUCAUCCUGGUGUCCGGCUUCUGCCCCCGCGGCCCGGCCCUGCAGGAGCCCGUCUGCAGGAGCCCCUUGUCGCUGCCGUCCCUGCAUGUUUUCGGGGACACCGACCGCGUCAUUCCCGCAGAGGAGAGCGUGCGGCUGGCCAGCCGGUUCCCCGGAGCCGUCACCCUCACCCAUGGCGGGGGCCACUUCAUCCCGGCCGCCGCCGCCCAGCGCCAAGCCUACCUCAAGUUCUUGGACCAGUUUCUCUCUGCCCCUGGCGCACCCGCGCCAGGGCAGUCGCUGCCCCUUCCUGUCCCUCAGCUUGAGACCUCGCCGUGACCGAGACCGGUUGGAGCACGGCAGUCCAUCCUCAGGACUCAAGCCUUGGACCUGGCGGUCCCUGGAGGAAAGGGGAGGAGGACCCUGGAACGCCCAACUUCCUGCUAUUCACAUAUGGAAAAAGCAGAGGACCCUGGAGGAGAGGAUGAGGGUGACGGGGAGACGCGGGGCUGCCAUGCAGGGAGAUGGUGACCCAAAUCGCCAGCGUGACUGUCCCAGUCUACUCAGAAGGUCCACGCGGCCUCACCCAGGUGUGCUCCCAUAGUUCAGAUGUCGGAGGUUCCAACAGGAGGGAAAGGGGCCGCGGUGGCCGAAUCCGGGAAAGCUGUGGGUGAGGGGUGCAGGGAGGAGACCUGACCAGCCUGGGCUGACCCCGGCUUCCCCUGUCGUGGUCCCUGACGUCUGUGUGUGCCUCUCCCUUCAAUCCCUGGGCUCUGCUUUCUCCCGAUGCCGCGCUGGUGCUAGACCCUGG